GCAUGUGGGCGGGUUUAUCUAACAGUGGCGGAAGCGAGCCAGCGGCUCUGGGGCUCGGCGAGGAGGAUGGCGCCGCAACUUGGCCCGCAUGAGCUGCUGCACGUCUUCUCCUUCCUGGAGGCCCGCGACCUGCUGUGCGCAGCGCAGGUGAACAAGGUCUGGAAUGAGGUUUCAGUGACCCAGGAACUGUGGAGGCAGCUGUGUCUGAGACGCUGGGCCUCCUGCAAAGCCUUCCCAGUGGUUGUGGGCACCCAGACAUGGAGGCAGUACUACUUCUGCCGGUCUGAGCUGGAGUUCCGUGUGGCAUCUGGGCGGCCACGGGACUUCACCAGCAAAGCUAUUUCUGGGCACACAGGAAAGAUAGAUCAGCUGGCCUACAUCUCACCCCAUGAGUACCGCUUUGAUGAGAGGGCAAGGUCCGUGGUUUGCACUGUGUCUUCAGACUGUACCGUGCGUGCCUGGGAUCUGCGUGAGGGCACAGAGAUCUGGUCCAGCCCUGUGCAGCCUGCUCCUCUGGUGAGUUUGGUGGCCUAUCCUCCGCUGCAGCUGGUUGUCACACUGGACAGACAGGGUUUGAUCACCGGGUGGAAAGCAGAGACCGGAUCUGAGUGGGCCUCGUUCCGCCUACCAACCUUCUGUUCUUCCAUGGAGGCCUGUGGUCACCCAGAGGGCCCCUUCCUGAUGGUAGCCUGUGCUGAAGGGAACCUCUACACUCUGACAGUACCUCAGCUGCAAGUGUGCUCCAAAGUGGCUACAUUUCCUCACACCUCCGUGAGCCUCACGUGCUCACCUGACCAACAAUGGGUGUUUGUGCUGGCACAAGGACCAGACAUAGGCCCGAAGGUGUUCUACACUCAGUCCUUGCUCCACCCAUCAGAAGACGGGCUUCCUGUCUCCACCACCCUCCCUGUCAGGCUGAGUUCCAGGGCCUGCUGGGCUCCGGAUGAGGCAGCCAGGCUGAUAGUGAUGCACAGAGAUGACAGUGGCAUGCAUUUGGUCAUCACUACCUUCAGUUUAAAGGCCAGCAAGUCCAGGGACAGAGUGAGCAUCCUGGCACAACAGCUGGCCAGCUUCCUCCUGCCAGACACUAUGACUCCGCACCUCAUGCAGGCCCACGGCUCCCAAGUGAUCCUGCUGGCCUCCCGGUCAGAGCUGAUGCUGUUCACCAUAGACGGCGUGCAUCUGAUAGCCUUCCAGGACCACCAGAGGCCCAUCACAUCCAUAUGGGUGGAUGCGCACCGAGUCAUCACCUCGUCCUUGGACCUGUCUUUGCGUGUCUAUGUGUGGAAUAAGAAGAACACAUUUCCCGUCCUCAAGAGCUGUUAUCAUUUGCUUGGGGGAUCUCACAGAUGGGCCAGUGGGUUUACCCAUGUGAAAAGUGACAGCAUGAGCAUUGCUGGGGUUGAAGCCAGAAGCAAUGGAACAAGUAUCCUGAGGUCAUACUGCUACAAGGUCCAGCUUAGCUAGACCCUACCAGCUGAAGAUGCUCUUGCUUUGUGUGCAAACUCCUUACCAAAGAUGCUGUCAACUUUGGGGAACGGACUGGUAAGGUGACUACUGUAUGAUCGCAACGAGCCCGUGAAGUAUUUUCUUCUGUCUUGUGUUUGUCUUGCUCAGAGGAACAAAGGAGUAGCCAUCUUCAGCCGGGCUUCCAGGUGCCUGAGGGUUCUGGUCCCAGACGGCGUGGACUGUGGCAAUGCUGGAGAACCUGCUUGCUUACCGGGUCAGGACUGCAGCACGGUUGUUCUUGUUCACCAGAAUAUAAUUAAAAGAGUUUUACCUGCC